AUGGUUGGAAGCAAGCGCACGAGGAGCAAAACCGCCGCGAUGGCUAAAUCCGCGACGACCCAAAGCCACUCCACCCACAAUCCCGCGAUCGACAUGGUGGCACCACCACCUCUCACCACCGUGCCACCUACCAGACCCGCAGUCGGAUCUAGCAACCUCCGUGGCACCGCCACCGAGCAUGGUGGAACCUCCCAUCAAGGUGGGCUCGUUACCACCACAGACUUAGGCCCGGUCUUGGAGCAACUUCAAGCAUUCCCUCCAUUGCCUCCAUGCUCGACGCAUGCUCCUGCAUACACAUCCAAUGAAACCCUAGCCCAUGUGCAAUUGGGCUCCACACACUUCUCUCUUCCCGAUCCACGAAGUCAAGCAGAUCUUAAUAUGAGAGUUGACCAGCUAGCUCAGAGGAUGGACGACCAAACCAAUCUGAUGAGGCAGCUCCUCCACCAAAUAAACUUUGUUCAAAACCUUGACCUUGGACAACCGGGCGAAGAGAGAAUGAUGGAUGAACGCACCUAUCGGCAACUCGAUGGGUACCAAGCAGGUCGAGCAGGAAUGGGCAGACAAGGAGAGGGACAACAACAUGAUCAGCUUGCCGGCAUGCUAGGUUCCCAGGGAGGUCAAACUGACAAUCGCCGCAAUGAGGAUCAUGAAGAGAGGCGCACUGCUACCCGCUCGCAGAGAAAGAUUCAUGAAAGGCUAGGCCCCCAAGGAGGUCAACUUGGUAACCUGCACAAUGAGGACCGUGAAGAAAGGCACUCCACUAACCGCUCUCGAAGAACCAAUUCUCAUCGCCAAGUUACAGAAAAUCCCUCGCAAGCACGGUCCACAAACACGCCGCCUAGGCAGCGUAGCCGAGAAGAUCAACCCUUGCAAACCAACGAGGAAGUUACUCGGUCUCGCCCAAAUCGUAAAGGUCAUUAA